AUGUGGGGCUUAAGGCCUGAGGCGCGAGCCCGGGGUGACCCGAAAGCACCUCAGGAGGUGGCGAAGCGGCGCACCGAGCUGCUAAAAGACGCGACGGAGAUAUGGGUGCAGCGGCUCGAACGGCCGAGGGCUGGCACCCGCACUGUAGAGGCGGUGCGCCCUGUCCUUCGGGACUGGGUUGAAAGACGCUCCGGUGUCCUUACUUUCAGACUAACGCAGGUACUGUCGGGGCAUGGCUGCUUCGGCAGCUACCUGCACAAGGUUGCCCAGAGGGAACCGACACCGGAGUGUCACCAAUGCGGAGCCGACGUAGACUCGGCCCAACACACACUGGCUGAGUGCCCAGUUUUUGGCGAGGAACGGGAGGCGUUGGUCGCCCAGGUAGGUCAAGACCUUUCGCUGCCAGCCGUAGUUCAGGCCAUGCUGGGCAGCGAAAGUGCGUGGGAGACUGUGCUCACGUUCUGCGAGCACGUCAUGGGAGACAAGGAGGCGGCCGAGCGCGAACGGGAAGUCCGGGCCGAGGCUGACCCAAUGCGCCGCCGCCGCAUAGGCCGCAGACGUGCCGCUCACGAGAGGAACCUGCCGCCCUGAUGAGAGCCAGCGGGCGGCGGACAUGGGGGCGUCCCCGCCCAUGACGCUGGCUCCCGAGAUGGUAUGCGCAACCUCGUGUUCCGGAAGCGCUUC